AUGCGUCUCGUUAAAAUUUUACAAUUUUCCGUUAUAAUUUAUUUGAAUUUUUUUCACGUGACAAAAUCAUCCGAAACGAUGGAAAAUAAUAAUAAUAAUAACAACGAAACGACAGGACGUACGAGACAACCAAGAAAAUUAUUAACGAAAAUCCAUCCUUCCGGCACGGCUUUUCUCGCGGGUUUAAAAUUGGGAACCAUUUUGUCGAAAAAAGGUUUCGAAUUGGGUCACGGAAAAAUCGUUUCCGCUCAUUCGUUUCAAGUUUUCGGUAAAACCGUCAACACGGCGACGAGUCUCUCCUACGGCGAUUCUUCUUCCACGACUUUUUUACUUCCGAUUGUAAACGAUUCGCCGCUACCGGAAGAAGAAGGAGAAAAUUCAUCCACUUCCUCUGCGACGGACGACGUGAAUAAAAUCCCUUCUAAAUCGUUAAGGAAAAAUACUUUUCACGUUACAGUCGUUGAAAAACGAUCACCGACGGAAAACGACAAAAAAAAUAUUUUCGACGACGUCCGCGACGACGACGACGACAUUUUCCAGUCUUCCGUUCGUUACGCAUACGUUCCGUUACGACCGUUACUCUUUACGCCAUCAAACGUUUCUCCGGCGGCAAAAUCUCCCGGAGUCUCGAAAAUCAUAGUCUGGAAAAACUUUUUGGAAAAUUCCAACGAUUCGAGUUAUAAAAUCUACGAAACCGGAGAAGGAAAAGGUGACGACGAAACGAAAAGAAAAAUGCCGUACAGGGAAGCCCCCCAGAAAAAUUAUUACGGUAAAAAACCUCAAACGGAUGACGAUAAGAAAAUUAAUUUUUUCGGAAACGGCAACGAGAAAAUUCUUUUGACUCCCAUCGGUAAACAUGUAGAAUUACCUAAUAUUUACUAUACAUUUCCGGUUACGAAUGAUAAUAAUAAUAAUUAUAAUUUAAAUCGAAAUAAAAACGGUUUGUUGAAUUACGAUUCGAAAAAAAUCGGAAAAUUGGAAAGACCGGGAACGAGUGGGAAAAAUAAAGCGACGGAAGUAAUGAAAAAUCUUACCGGAAACGACACAUUCGUUAAUUUACAAAAGAAUGCGAAAAAAAACGGAAGUGAUUCGACUGUCUCAUUUCAAACUGCUAAUAACAAAAACAAUUCGAAUUCUAUCAGACUUAAUUACGCGCCGAAUAAAAUCGGAAACGGAAAUUAUACAAAACAUACGACUUUUUCGCAAAAAUUAAAACCGAAACCUCAAACGAUUUCUUCUCCGUUUCCAUGGGCGAGCAAAAGACCGACCAUUUUCGUACCUUACGAAGUCGAAGAAAUAAUCGAAGAAAAUGUCGGAGUGAACGUGGACGAUGAAUCGACGACGACAACGACGACAAAACAUAAAUUGGAAUCGAUAAAAAAUCAAUAUUUACAGGAAGGUGAUAAAUUAAACAUCGCGACGACGCCAUAUUCUCAAAAUUCUUUAGAUUUUUUAAAAGAAAGCAUAAAAACAAUUAUUAACGGUUUGAUUAAUUCGAACGGUUCCGAUCGAACGGGAAGGCAAAACGAUGACGAUUCGACGACUACUCGUUUUAAAUCGAAAAGUUUCGAUUUUUUGGAUGGUCCUGAAAUUGAAAAUUUUUCACGAUCUCGCGACAAUUUACAAAAUUCCGUAUUUACAAAAAUUUUAAAUUUCGAAACGACCGUUACGACGACGGAACCGGAAAUUACCGUCGAUUCAACGACGGAAUAUACUUCCGCAAAGAGUAAUUUAAACGAUGAAUUGUCGAAACGAAUUUCGUCGACCGAAUUCGAUGUCGAACGUGAAAACCGUACGGAACCGUUAAAUUUGAAAACGGGCGUGAAGACUGAAAGUACGACUUUGUCAUCGUUUCUUACGCCACGUUCGAAUCGUGGAAAAAUUAAUUCGCAAGUUUUUCUCACGGAACCAUCGACAAAAUCAACAACAACAAAAAACUACAACACGGAACCGCAACCCCGUUCGUUUUUCACAAGAGGAUUCAAAUUUAACGAUUUGAAAGAAUCAUCGGGCGAACGCGACGUUCGUCCGUCGACUAUGGAGGAACACGUAUUUUUUUCAAAUAUUCCAAACGACAUCGUUUUCGAAACGGAAUCGGACGCAACGCAUUCGACAUCGAAUCCUUCGACGACGAUGACGACGACGACGCCACCACCAUCUUUUAAAACGGAAACAACGAACGCGUCACCAUCGACCUUUCACCUGACGAAUGGUAUCACCGAAACGACACCAUUUCAUUCUACGGAAGAACAAAACACCGGAAGUACGAAAUGGAUUAAAGAACUCACAGAUUCUCCUCUUCUUUUUAAUUUGCUUACGACAGUGAGGGACACCGAGUCAAAUACGAAAUACGAAAUCGAAACACCAAAUCCGGACGAUAAAUCGAAAGAUCAAAGAAGAUCCGACAUAUUAAUUUUAGAAACGUUAGAGAACGAUCCGACGAGUACGACCGAACGUGAAAAUUCAAAUUAUUUAGAAAGUUUAAGAGGGAAAACUUUGAACGCGAACGUGUCAAUAGAUUCCGUCGUUUCGACCGUUCCAUUAAUAAUUGACGAUUUGCGAAAUGGCAAAAUGAACGCACAAGAUUCGAAAAUUCUUUCGCAAAUUUUUCGCGAUUACUGGCCGCAAUUGUUGACUUUGUCGAAAGACGUCAACGCCGACAUGCUUCCGUUGAUGAAAUUAAAAAACGAAGAAGAUUUAAAAAACGUGUUGAAAAAUUAUUAUUACUCAACGGAAACGACGAGUGUCGCGACGGAAACGACGGAAAAACAAAAUGUCGCCGACAAUAAUUUGAUUCAUUUUUUAUUUUACGAUUACAUGGACGAUUACAAAAACACUUUUUACGACGAAACGGAUGAAGACUAUGACGAAGAAGAACAAACGAGUAGCGUGAGACCGAAGAGGAAAAUAAUCAAAGGAAAAUUUUACGAUGGCGCGACACCGACGGAAAAACAAAAUUUUAAAAUUCAACCAGCAGAAGAAAAUUUCGACGUCGUCGAACAAAAAAUAAUUCAAAACGAUAAACACGACAAAUCCGAGUAA